AAUGCCCCAUGCAACGAAGUGGGAAUAGCUAUUUAAACCUGAUCAAUACCCCCCGCAUCUAACCCUGAACUUCCCAGGUGAAUGGUCGCGGUAGACCCGACAUUUUCUUUACUCUUAUCGCACGAUGAUGCUAUCGACUCUACUCAGGGACUAAACUAACCACGAGGGAAACAAGCAGUUCUGCACAGCACCGGGUCAGCAGGUCCAGGUGCCCCAAUCCCCCUUACGGCAAACGAGACUGGAGAUGACAUCAUCAGAUGAAGAAAUGUACGCUCCACUGUUUGAAGAGCGCAACCCUUGAAGUUUGGAGGUCUCGUCAUCUCCUGCAGCAGUUUGUAUCGUUCUGUAUCAUCCUGUCUUUUGCGAGUCGUCCAAUAUCAUCAUGAAAAAAUAGUAUAUUUUAUAAUUCAAUAAUACACUCUUUUCUGCCUCAAUAAGAUGUAUGUCAUUGUUCUGCAUAUAGUUCAACAAGGAUAUUUAAUAGCCUCAUGCAACAUUAUCUUCUCUAUAUCACUAUGAAGGUUAAAUAUUCUUAACAACAACAUUGUGAUAAUUACUCUAUUUGUGUAGCACUUUUUAAGGUAAACUCACCAUUAAACUGCAGAGCGCAGGAACUGCUGCUUCGGAAAGAUGUGAAAUUUAGUAUAUUCCACUCGUAAAAGUUUCUUUUGGCUGUUUCAGUGCACGCAUGCUCUUCACUGCCUCCCAGAGGAGGUCAUCAUGCAUACUCAAGUGAAUUCAUGAAGCGCUCCCUCCUUCUCCUCACUGAUCCCCUCUCCUCCUCUGAGGACAGCAUCUCCAGCCUCUCACUUUGUUCAUGUGUGCCCACGCCAAGAGUGAAACAUGUUUGCUCUUCAUCCACGGGGCUUUCGGGGAACUUAAAUGAAAAGCGCGCCCUGCCUUUGUUCGGAUAUCGUUUUAAAUAUUAACAAGUUGUCAUGUCAUCCCUGACUCGAAGAGGAGAGAGAUGCCCUUCCUCGGUGCGAGGGACACACUGGAGCUCACAAGUGCAGCAUCACUGUGAGUCGCUGGGCUUUUCUACACCCGGGAGGGACCGGCAGCCCGCGGAGCGGCCCCCCCCGGAGGGGGCCGGGGGCUCCAGAGGCGACCGGCACCGGAACACGUGCCACAGCGCGGACGCUGUCCCGCCUUACAAGUCCCUCCCUGGGACCGACGGGGACCGCGCCAGGAGCACCAUGUCCUCUGCGAGCGGGACCUGGUGCAGAGGCGCCGUGUCCGCCAGCACCGAGCCGGGGGGGUCGGACUGGAAAGUUGCGUGUUGCGAGAAGUGCGCCGCGAGCCUGGUGUCCCUGAAGAAGCAAGCCAUGAGCCUGGCUGUGCACCACCGCUUCUCCUGCAAGGACCCAAGUGACCUGUCUGUGUUCCUUCUUGAAAACCUCCGGGUCCAUAGUCGGACCACCAACGAGGCCAGGGACAGGGAGAGGGAGCAGGGCGAGUGUGGAGUCUGCGGCGUGAACCAUAACCAGCUCAAACAAGAGGCCGUCCAUUUGGCCCUGAGCAGGGGUCAGCCAUUAGCUAAGCCUCCCUUUGAACCAAGCUUCAGCUCUGGUACACUGCUGGGCCAAAGAGGGACAAAGCACGGAGACAGGGCUCCACGGGAAGCUGCCCCGGCUGUGCAUCAACCCCACAGUCGCACCCACACUCCGCAGAGCCCAAGGAGCCCGAGGACGCCUCAGAGGACCCCUCAAACCCUCAGGAAGAGGGGGCCCAAGCUGCCCAACCCUGAUAUGGACCGCUGGGUAGAGCAGCAGCAGCUGGUCGCUUCUAAAUUUGCAUCCAGCGCUGAUGGUGUCACCACUUACCCGUACCAUAAGGCUGCUGCUGAUGCUGCCCUGGGACCUAGUGACACCGGGACCGUACAAGCGACCUCAAAGAUCCCUCACAUAUCCAGAGUGGUUACCAUCGCCAACACUGCUGCUAUGUCCCUCUUAGCCAGGGCUGCAGAAAAGCUCAACCUAACAUCGAGGAAGAGAGGCCAGGCCUCUGAUCCACCUCCCGCUCAUUUCUCCACCUGCUUCAGGGAGUUGAUCCAGAAAACCCCACCGCCCGUCCCCCCCUGCCUGCUCCAAGCUGCCACUAGAACCAGAGACUCCCCCACCGUUGCCAAGGUCAUGGUCUCGCUGAGGGUGAGCCCAAUGCUGUCGGAGGGCCAAGCCCUACCACAUAUCCUCCAUGUUGACAAGUCAAAGGGAAGAGUGGCCAUAAUAGAACCAGUAGGUAAAAGCCAACCACAAGCAACAAUGACGAUUGGGAGGGAUGGCAAAAACCAGCUGAAGACCUUCAACUUUGACGCUGCCUAUCCCCAAGAGUCAAGCCAGGCCGAGCUGUGUGCGGGCGUCUUGCCUGAUGUCAUCCGCUGUGUGCUCAGUGGCAGCGAUGGAUGCGUCCUGGCUCUGGGAUGUGCUGAUGUGGGCUCCUGGUCCAGCAUGGUGGGGAGCGGUGAGAGCAUCCAGAAAGUCGGACUGGUUCCCUGUGCCAUCUCCUGGCUGUACAGCGCAAUCGAGCGGCGGAGGGAGAAGACCUGGACCGACCUGACUGUGUCAGUGUCAGCCAUAGAGCUCUGCUGCGGAGAGGAGGACACAGUGAGGGAUCUGCUGGGGGAGGUCGUCCCCUCAUUGGGGAGUGUCCAGGACAGCCCAAAGGCCCAUGUUAGACUCCACGAGGACCCCGUCCAUGGGAUACAGCUGCGCAACCACAACCGGGUGAAGGCCCCCACUGCUGAGCGGGCUGCUUCCCUCCUGGACGCUGCGAUUGCGGCACGUCGGCACAAUGACUUCAUUACGUACCUGUCUCACAGCUCUAUAAUGUUCUUCACCCUCCACAUCCAACCCCCUCGAACAGAGAGCAGCACCAUUGGCAAAGGUACUCGUGGCCCCACAAAGUUGACCCUGAUAGAUGUGUGUAGCGGCAUGAGGGGUAUGAGCAAGAAUAAACCUCCAUUUUCUGAAAUGGGACCCGUUGUCUUAUCUCUACUAAGUGGACCCAAAGCCUCCCCCAUCAAGGCCAGUAAGUUGACAAUGCUCCUUCGUGAAGCACUUAGUCAUGUCAAUUGCUAUACAAGAGUGAUCGCUCAGGUUGAUGACUCAAUGGCCCACCUUCAAGAGGCCCUAUCUACCAUCCAGCUGGCUUCUCGUAUCCGAAGGACGCAGAAGAGAACAAAGCAGUCCACUUCAUGUUCUCCUUGCGGCAGGAGUCUCACUAAAGACAAGAGAGGGCCUCCAUCCUCAUCACUGCGGGCGUUCCACUCCACCGAUGAGGUGGACGUCGACGUUCCUUGUUUCCGUUUGCGUGGUGAUCUAGAUGAGCAUUCCAGCAGCGACCAGUCCUGUGACACAGUCAUCCAAAUAGACUCGGAUGGCUUGGUCAACUCCAAAGCAACCUCAAGAUUGGCACAACAUGAAUUUGUGUCCAUCAUACCCUCUUUGCAUCCUAACAAGGCUGAUAUAGAUGACCCAGAGUUUAUUGCUCUGCUGCAAGAGCUUCUGAGAAUUCCUCAGCUGCAGGGAGAAAAGAAGGACGAGGAAAAUGUUCAAGGGAAUAUUGAGGUGUUGAAAGCAGACGUCAAGCAGACAGGGAGGGACUGUUUUAAAUGUGACACAUUUGCUGAACUCCAAGAACGCUUGGGUUGUAUUGAUGGAAGUGAGGCAAAAGCGGAUGGGCUCAAGUCUUCCUCAAAAGGCCCUCCUCAUGACAAUGUCACAGCAAAAUCACAACCCCAGAAAGAAGAAGGGAAACAGCGAGACAGCGAAUCAUCAGAGGCACAACAUAAAUUGUUGUUGAAUCAGGGGUUUGGCUGCAGUCGGGCAGGUGUCGGAGAAAAGCAAACAGAUGGUGCAUUCCCUGGGGACAGUUUUCAGCGAGAGGAUUCAGGCCUGUAUGACUGUGAGGAGUGCAGUGCAACCAGUUCCAGUGAAGAACUACUAAAUCAAACUCUUAGUCUUAACAUGACCUGUUGCUCUGAUCUUCCCAAAAACAAAACUCUGAAGUCAUCUGAUAAACCCUCUUCUCAGAGCUUUAAAGUGGAGGCUCAGUGCAUUGCUGUCACCAGUUCUACACCCCUUCCAAAAAGUACCCAGGGGAGCCGUGAGGCUGCUGAUUGGUUCAAACCUAACAAUAGGACCUCACCAAUUGGCAAGAGCUCCCCAAUAUCUACUUCCUCCUCAUGCUCCUCUUCCCACUCGUUGGUGGCUACCAGUGUUGUGGUCGGAGAUGUUUCACCUAAUUGCCCCACAGGAGACGUUAAAGAAAUGAAGGCGACCAUCACAGUUACCGUUCAGCAACCACUAGAUCUGAAAGGUCAAGAUGAACUCGUGUUCUCUAUGGUGGAGGAGGUAACCAUCAGUGGGGCAUUGGACAGAGGGAGGACAGGUGGAAAUAUUAUUUGUUUCAAAGACACUAACCAAUCACCGGCGCAUGUUCAAAGCUAUUCCAGCUCUCAACCAAUCAGGAUAAUCAGCAAUGUUGGGGAAGAAACUGUAGUGGCAGGAUCAUCUUACACAAACAAAAGCUCUGUAGCUCAAUCUGUAGCUACAGACACUGACACACCCCAGUAUCAAAGCAGAAGGGAAAACAGGUUCUUACCUUCAUUUAUAAAUCAUAUGCUGAUUGAUACGGAUGUGGAUUAUAAAAUCGAUAGUCUGAAAGAAAAAGAAAAAAGUUCUUGUGACACUUUUACAGAAGUUCAAUCGUCGUCUGAGCUCCGAGGGACUAGUGUGAAAUGCCCAGAAGAUAGGAAGGCUCUUGAGAAGAGAUGUGAUGCUUUUACUAAUGAGACUCAUGGCAAAAUUCUUGACACAGUAUCUGACACAUUGUUUAGCCAAAGUUCUUUUGACCCGAUGGUCUUGGAGGAUUCAGCUUUCCGUGAUGAAACUGGAGAAAACAAAAUGCGUGGCAAGACACCGAGACAAUCAGACAAGAGCCUCCCUAAAGACAGGGAGCAUGUUUAUUACACCAACACUCCAAAGGGCUCAGAGGGGGGCGAAAUCCGUUCCAGACGUGUUGGGAAUGCCCCCAAGAGAAUUGGUGUUUCACCUGGUUGCCAGGAAACCGCCACUGCUUCCUUUGAAACAGGUAGCUUGCCUAGAGCCUGGCAAAAUGCCAACCAUCCGGAUAUCUACCAUUACGGUCACAUGGCAGACAACCGCAGAGACCCAAGGGGGGUGACAUCAUCCAACCCUUGUAGCCCAAGUGCAACGGUCGAGAGGAGGCAGGGCAGACAGCAUUCCCCAGCGGACCACAGCAUCCGCGUCUCCUCUCCUCGGAAAUAUGGAAAAGAGUCCAAACAGCAUGCUGGCAGUCCUUCUAAAAGCGGGAGGCCGAAGUCACCCAUUGAGGACAGCAGACGACUUUUCAGUGCCAAACUGGAACAGCUGGCGACCAGGACUAACUCCCUUGGGAGAACCCCAAGAGAUUUCCCAAAUUUGAAUAGAGGCAGUAGUAACACCUCCAUGAGUUCUAAGGGGAGCUCCAAGGCAAGCACCGAAGGUGUAGGUAUGGAAGGUUAUAAAGGAAGUAAUGAUGGAGAUUGUACCUUACCAAGAGCUAGCAGGAGCCCCAGGAAGAACCCAAGGACUGACCGCAGUCAUCACUUCUCUCUUUCUGAAAAGCCUGUAACUCAUUCUGCUCGGCAUACCCAUUCAAAGCUUUCUGCUGUUGGAAAACUCAAGAUGGCCAGCCCCAAAGUCCGUCGACUGUCUGCCCCCAGCACCAAGAACCUCAGUCUCCCCCACAAAGGCCUUCAGCAGUCCAUCAAACGCAGCCCCAGUCUUUCUCCAGACUGUAAAACUGUUAGCUUUGAGCGGACCUCGUCCUUCCUCCUAUCUUCCCCUACGCGGUCUUUUCACUCCAUCAGUCGCACUCCGAGCCAAAGCUCCACAUGCUCAUCCACAAAAUCUGCUAUCCAAGGGUUUUUCAAAGGCCACAUCUCCGACCUGCUUAAGGAUACUGCAUCCAGCCCCACUUCAGGAGGACUGGACCAAAUAACCCCCCUUCCAUCGCCCUACAGCCGAGUAACUGCUCCCCGAACUCCUGAUCACCUGAGCGGUUACGCUAGUGACACCACCAGUGUGUUGAGCGGAGAUUUGCCACCAGCAAUGGGGAAGACAUCCCUGAAUAUCUCAAACAGGAACAGUAUGGUGAGCAGUGGGUAUGACAGCAUGGUGAGGGACAGUGAAGCCGCAGGAAGCACCAUCUCAAACAGAGAUUCUGCAAGCAACAGGAGCAGCUCUCUUCUCAGUGUGGCUCGAAGCAGCCGAUCAUCUCGGAGGAGAGGCAACGCAGGUCCUCACCAGCGCCGCCUUUCCCAUGAUGCACCCCUGUCCCUGAGGCACUCGGCUAGUGGUCUGCAGUCUGGCAGGGCGGAUCGGGGGAUCCCAGAGGCCUAUGAAAUCAAGGUGUAUGAGAUCGACAAUGUGCUGAGGAUGCAGAAAAGAGCAGGGGACGGCACGCUUCAGUGCCAGGCGGAAGUUCUUGGAGCAUUGACAGCAGAGGAUCUCAGAGGUCUGAGCCAGAUACAACGACGUGAGGAGAGAGCUAGACGGGGCCGAGCACCACCUCACGCUGGAGCCUGCCCAGGGGACCCGACAGGGCGACCUGGGGCAGACCUUCGAGGGGAAGUCCCUGCAGCACCCGGAGGCCCUCGAAGAGGUGACUCCCCGGCUGGAGGCCAGACUCACCCUCUGCAAGGCCGGCGUCAUGAUGGUCACCUGCUUUGAUUCCGGCACUAGGAAACGGGAGAAGAGGAAGGGGGGAUGGAGGAGGGAGCCUGCAAGGCAAGCUGCAAUGACUCAUGGCAAGCAGCGGUUAAAUGCUCUUCUUUCUCUCAGCCUCUGAAGGUCUUUGGGAUGAUGAGUCCAACAUGUACCACGUGUACACUCCACGUUCUCUUCUAGCAUUCUACCUCCUUAAGCUGACCAGGUGCUACACAUGUCUUUGCUCAUGGGGGGGUAAUGGUCAGAGCCAAUAGUAGAGCUUUUUGAAAGGGCCUAACGUCAAAAGACAUCAUGACUUUAAAUAUAAUCAUUCAUGUUAUCAUCGUCAUCAGUUUUACUGCAGAUUUGUUUCCCAUUCAAAUACCCUUAUGUAUAUUUUAAACCCACUGUACAGUAUUUUAAAAGCAACUCAAAAGCUCAGUGCAGCAUUUAAUGCUAACAGGACACACAUUUCUGUGUGUCGACAGGGCAAAUAUUGCUCCUCCAUUAGUGAAGUAAUCCGAUCAUAAAACAAUCUUCCUUUGUGUUAAUUGUCUCAGAGUACGUUUGGAUGUUGGAUAGAACUACGAUAGAUACUCAGCAUUAGUGCAGGGUUACUCACAAGCUUCUUUUUAAUAUGCAGCUUUAGCUCAAAUAAAUACACUGGAGCCCCUUGAAUGACUUAUCAAUCAUAUGAAGACAUACAUCUAUUAACAUUUUCUAUGUUACUGUUUUGUUGUGUUUAAAAAGAACAAGUUUCUAAAGCACGAGAAAUGGACAGAUUACUCUGCCUUAGAGUUGCUCCAUGUUCACCCUCGAUGAAGAGGUUCGGCCACCCAUUACUUUCAAACGGGUCUCCAGAAGGGAAUAUGCCAUUUUGAAUGUAGCUAAACGCAACAAUAAACAUGUUCUGAAACGAA